GAAAAACACAGGAUUAGUUUCAGUGUCAGAGGAGCGAAAAGGAAGCAGACUGAUGGCAUCGACACAAACCCUGCAGCCUCACUGACUGUCGGUCUUAUACACAAAUGGAGGAGAGGACGGUCACCAGAUAAUCGGAGCUGCAGCCUCCAAGAUACUAAAGAAACCAAAGCCAGUAAUCAGAGACGGGAGUUAACUGAAUGAAGGAUGAGAAACUUGUUAUAGACGACUGAGCGACACUGACGUCUCUCACCUUUUUUACGUUUCCUCUCCACUCGUCCAUUCUCCUCCUCUUCCUCUCCCCUCGCUCCUUCUUCAUCCAUCGGCUCUGCUGUCGAGCCCCCAGGCAGAGUGGACGUGUCCCUCUCCCCAGGCCUCGUGCCCUUCCAUCGGCGGCCCGCUCCGUCCGGCGGUGUGUUGGUGUACGAUGGCGCGGCGGGACGCUGAGGACUGCCGCGGGGGACUGUGAUGUCAGAGCCCAACAGCCCGGGCGAGAGCCGGCGUGGCGCUCCCAGAUUCUUCGUGGGCUGCGAGGACGAUGAGAGCGAGGUCCUGGAGGAUAGCAUGAGGACAGACAUGGAGCUGUAUGAGGACGACGAAGACACAGACUCGCCCGCGGAGCAACAGAUCCUGGUGGGGAUCUGCUGCAUGAUGAAGAAGUCCAAGUCCAAGCCGAUGACCCAGAUCCUGGAAAGGCUGUGCAGGUUCGAGUACAUCACCGUGGUCAUCUUCCCCGAGGACGUCAUCCUCAACGAGCCCGUGGACAAAUGGCCUCUGUGCGACUGCCUCAUCUCCUUCCACUCCAAGGGAUUCCCGCUGGAUAAGGCAGUGAGCUACGCCAAGCUGAGAAACCCUCUGCACAUCAAUGACCUGGACAUGCAGUACUACAUACAGGACAGGAGAGAGGUGUACCGCAUCCUGCAGGAGGAAGGGAUCGAUCUACCGCGCUAUGCUGUGCUGAACCGUGACCCAGAUAAACCAGAUGAGUGCAACCUGGUGGAAGGAGAGGACCACGUGGAGGUGAACGGAGAAAUAUUCCAGAAGCCUUUUGUUGAGAAACCCGUCUGUGCCGAGGACCACAACGUCUACAUCUACUACCCCACCUCUGCUGGAGGGGGCAGCCAGCGCCUCUUCAGAAAGAUUGGGAGUCGGAGCAGUGUGUACUCACCAGAGAGCAACGUGAGGAAGACCGGCUCGUACAUCUACGAAGAGUUCAUGCCAACGGACGGCACCGAUGUGAAGGUGUACACGGUAGGGCCGGACUACGCUCACGCCGAGGCCCGAAAAUCUCCCGCUUUGGACGGGAAGGUGGAGCGAGACAGCGAAGGCAAAGAGGUCCGUUACCCGGUCAUGCUCUCCGCCAUGGAGAAACUGGUAGCCCGUAAAGUCUGCUUAGCAUUCAAGCAAACGGUGUGCGGCUUCGACCUUCUCCGAGCCAACGGACACUCGUAUGUGUGCGACGUCAACGGUUUUAGUUUUGUGAAGAACUCGAUGAAGUACUACGACGACUGUGCCAAGAUCCUCGGGAACAUCGUGAUGCGUGAGCUGGCUCCUCAGUUUCAGAUCCCCUGGUAUCCCACUGAGGCUGAAGAUAUUCCCAUUGUUCCCACCACAUCAGGGACCAUGAUGGAGCUACGCUGCGUCAUCGCCGUCAUCCGACACGGAGACAGAACACCCAAACAGAAGAUGAAGAUGGAAGUUCGCAACCCAUUGUUCUUUGAUCUAUUUGAAAAAUAUGGAGGGUACAAAACUGGGAAAUUAAAGCUGAAGAAGCCAAAACAACUGCAGCAUGAUGGCUUCGAAGGCUGCUCCAUGGUGCCGUCCAUCUAUCCUCUGGAGACGCUGCACAACUCGCUGUCCCUCAAACAGGUCAACGAGUUCCUCACCGCCGUGUGCGAGAGCGCCGGGGAUCCGCACACCAGGACGACCAGAGCUCUGUCGGCCAUGUUUGACACUCACAACCAGCCUUCGGUGGACUCGUACAUCCCUCAGAGAGUCCUCUCCUCCUCCAUCUCUCUCAGCAGAUCUCGCUCUGACAGACCUCCUUGGUACAGCAGCGGUCCUUCCAGCACCGUCUCCAGCGCCGGCCCGUCUUCUCCCACCACGGCCGACACUUCGCCUCGCUUCAGCUUCAGCGACAAGAUCUCCCUCACGCCUCAGAGCAGCGAGGAAACCCACUCCUCUCAAAACAUUUCCGCUCAGCUGACGACGACGGGGGCGGCGGGUUCGCAAUCCCUCGACUCCGGUUCGAACCCCUCCGAGCUUCCUCUGACGCCAAAUAACUCACCGGAGGACGAGGAGGUGGAGCACCAAGCGGAGAAUCAAGACGAGGGGGAGCUGGAGGAGGCGGCGGCGGUGGCGGCGGGUGCGGCGGGUGCGGAUCCCUCAGGCGACGAUAUCCUCGACCCCGGCUUGAGACCCCCGUGCUCCGCCUUAGGUGAGCUCAGCCUGAGUCGGAUGGAGGGUUACUGCCUCCCCGGGUCACUUCCUGUCCUGCUGGAGCUCAGGGAGAGCAGCAGCGAGGCGGGCUCCAGCUCCCAGACGCCUCAAUCCCCCGAGGGGCCCGACGAGUUCUUCGACACGCAGGAGUCGAUGGAGCUGUGGAUGGACAGUCCGGAGACGCCGCCGCAGGAGACGACGCCGGACAUCGGAGCGACUCAUCAUCAUCAUCAUCAUCAAACCGCCGAGCCGUAAAACGACGUCGGAGACAGACGAGGAGGGAGGAAAUGAAACUGAAAGCGACUCUCUCUGCUUCAUGACUGCACGUAGAGUAAUUAUGAAAAGGGCAGCUCGGCUCUGUGUGGGAGAAUCAUACGACGAUGCCAACAUACGUACAUACAUACUGUUAAAUGCCUUUUCUUUUCUUUUUUUCUUUUUUUUUCUUCUUUUUUUUUUCUCUCGUUGUCGUGACACACCGGUGAAUCCUCUGAGCCUCCUCUGACAGUCCACUGGGUUCAGCUCAUCGUUGUAAGGUGAAGCUUUUUAUUAUAUCGUCGAGUUUAAAAAAUUUAGAUUUAAAUUAAAAUAUAAAAAAAAAAAA